GUAAUAUUGGCAAUGCGGCUCGAGCCUCAGACCGUCAGUUCGGUGGUCGGUCGUAUGAUAACAUUGUUGUUUUUAUUGAGAAUUUUAAUAAUAAUAAAAAUUUGUGAUUCUGUAAAUUCUUGUGUAUCGAUUUUGCGGUACGGGAUACAUUGCAUUUAAUUAUUAUCGUGCGAAUAUCUUGUUGAUUUGGGUUUUAAUUAUAAAACGAUACUCCGUCGACUUCGUUCCGCGAUUUGUUUUGAACUUUUCGUCCGUGAAAACAUUGUUUUACGUUGUGCUUUUUAUGUUUUUAGUUUUGGUAAGUCCAUAGCGAAAUGGACAAUUUCGUAUUCAAAUACCUAUGGUUCUUAACUUAUAUUUAUAAAUGGCCAAUUCAGGACGUGACGAAUAACUUUAUAUAAGCGCCAGCUACUAAACUAAAACCGAUGGAACGGUGUCUGAGCGGUUCUGUUGAACACACACAACUGCAAAGAAGGUUUUUUUAAACUAGUCAACAAUGUGGUUUUUUUAUUCCGUUGUUUUGUGGGGAACCCAUUCAAUCUAUACAUAUAAUAAUAAAUAACAGAUACAAUCCUACUACAUAGCUGUUACUUGAAUAAUAGCUGACUGAUACUGCCGCUUGAUGAUAAACGAUCUCUUAUCUGAAUAGUUAAAUUUAUGCAAUGGACGAAGAUUCGAUUAGUGUUCACGGUUCUACUGCUGAUUCAAUAGAAGCAUUCGACGAUCUAGAAGUUCUCGAUGAAAUCACCGAGGAAACUGAUAACAUAGAAGAGGAAGAACAACAACAAAUCGAAGAAUAUGAUACUAGAAGUGAAGCCAGUUCCAGUUCAAUUGACACUUCUUCUAAUCGCCCAAAAGUGAAUGUUGACAGACAUAUAACAAUAGAUGGUGGAUUACCAUCGGAUAAAAAAAAACCAUCUAAAGAGUACAUAAAUCAAUUAAGAUUCUUGUUCAAAGAUGCUCGGUUUUUUGUCAUAAAAAGUAAUAAUUCGGAGAAUAUUGAGUUGGCCAAAGUCAAGAACUGCUGGUCUACUAGACCUUGGAACGAAACGAAACUAAAUCAAGCAUUUAGAACAUGUAAAAAUGUAAUUUUAAUAUUUUCAGUUAAAGAGAGCGGCAAGUUUACGGGAUUUGCUAGAAUAUCUGAACCAGCUAGAUAUGAUUUGUCGCCUGUCGGUUGGGUACUACUCGGUGGCCGUAACUUCUCUGGUGUGUUCAAAAUAGAUUGGAUAUCGAAAAAGGAUUUAGAUUUUAGCGACACUUCUCAUCUGUUCAAUGGAUAUAAUGAAGGAAAAACAGUGAAAAUUGCCCGUGACGGACAAUCAAUAGAUCCCAAAACUGGCUCAAGAUUAUGUUCAAUGUUUCCAGAAGAUGAAACAAUUGAUUUACAAUAUAUUUUAAACAAAUCUAUAAAUCACCAACCUUCAAUCAGUACAGCAGAGUUACGACAACGACGCCGAGUCCUUGGGUUACCUGAUGAUGGUCCAACUACUAAGGCUUAUAUAAACACUUAUAGAUUGGGAAUACCAUUCAAACAGACUAGGAUGAUGUCCCAUCCUUAUUAUGUGCGUCCAUCUGUAUACCCAUCUUACCAGUAUAAUAUGGGUAGAUCAGCGAUGGUUCCACGUUAUUACAAUGAUGUGCCGCUUACACCUUUACGGGUUCCUGUUCAAGUACCUGAUACUUAUACGAGACCCAUUGAAGGUUACUACAAGAGAGAAAGACUAGGUAAUCUAAGAAAUCAUCAUAAAGACCACAGACGCGAUAAAGAUAGACCCAGACAGCGUUACAAUUAAAUUCAACUUCUGUUCAAUCAUAAUCCUCAUAAAAGUUACUGAUGUUUAAUAUUAGUAUCAAAUUGACUAGUCUUUAAUAGUAAUUUUAUUUCAUAUGAAAUAAAUUUAAUCAUUUAAUGGUUGAUAAACGACUGGAUUUAUGUUCAUUCUGUUUUUAAAAUUGGAGUAUAAAUUAGGUAAUAAUUAUUCAAUUUUUGUGAUUUAAAUAAUGUUGCCUUUGAUGCAUCCUUCAUUUUUGUUUGUUCUUAAAAUGAAGUAUAAUU